AUGCAGCGUGCGCCCGGGUGCCCAGCCGUGCGCGCCCUGCUGCACAGCCGAUACCGCGAGGUGCUGCCUCUGGCGACCUUCGCGCAGCGCCUGGGGCCCAAGGACCGGCGGCUCCUGCGGACCGGGGACCCCGAGGCCUUUCGCGCGCUGGUGGCCCAUUGUCUGGUGUGCGUGCCCUGGGACGCGCAGCCACCACCCGCCACCCCUUCCUUCCGCCAGGUGUCCAGCCUGAAGGAGCUGGUGGCCAGGGUCGUGCAGAGACUCUGCGAACGCCGCGCGAGGAACGUGCUGGCCUUCGGCUUCGCCCUGUUGGAUGGGGCGCACAGCGGGCCGCCCAUGGCCUUUACUACCAGCGUGCGCAGCUACCUGCCCAACACCGUGACCGAGACGCUGCGUAGCAGCAGCGCGUGGGGACUGCUGCUGCACCGCGUGGGCGACGACGUGCUGGCCCAUCUGUUGGCGCGCUGCGCGCUCUACCUGCUGGUGGCCCCCAGCUGUGCCUACCAAGUGUGUGGGACACCCCUAUAUGAGCUCUGCGCCACUUCGGAGCCCUGGCCCACUGUGCCCUCCAGCUACUGGCUCUUGCGACACGCGGACGGGACCCGAACGGGUCUCGGCUCCACAGGCCGGGUCUGGAACGGCAGCCGUGGCGAAUUCCAGGGACCCCUGGGCUUGCCAGCCCGAGGUGUAAAGAGGCGCCUGGGCAGCGUUGGUGCAAGUUCGCCUUUGGCCAAGAAGCCCAGGUGCCACGUGCCCUUCAGGCUGGCGCAGGAAUCCAUAGAGCGGUUGGCAACGGCUCAGACGAGCGAGGCGUGGGGGUCCAGUCUUGGCGAGUCCCGCGCGUUGAGUCCCACGGGAGCUACAGUGGAAGCCAUGGCCACCAACGGACAGCCGUCUGGUACGCAGCUCUGCUCCCCCAUACUGGGCUGUAAGCAUGAGGCCAGCCCACCAUCCUCACCGUGGUCACCGUGUACCCAAGUCUACACUGAGACCAGGCGCUUCCUCUACUCCUGCCCAAGUGGCCAGGAGCGGCUGCGUCCCUCUUUCCUGCUCAGUGCCCUGCGCCCCAGCCUGACUGGGGCCCGGCGGCUUGUGGAGACCAUCUUUCUAGGCCUGCCUCCUGCGCGUCCAGGGGCAUCUCACAGGCCGCGUCGCCUGUCCCCGCGCUACUGGCGGAUGCGGCCCCUAUUCCAGGAGCUGCUUGCGAACCACGCGCGGUGCCCGUACAGCGCACUCCUCAGGACACACUGCCCGCUGGGGGCCAUGGCCACUUGGGCAGCGCCAGCUGGGGCCCCCAACGAGGAGGAAGACUCGAGGCUCCUGGUGCAGCUGCUCCGCAGGCACAGCAGCCCCUGGCAGGUGUACGCCUUCCUGCGCGCCUGUCUCCAGAGGCUGGUGCCCGCCGGGCUCUGGGGCUCCCGGCACAACCAGCGCCGCUUUCUGAGGAACACGAAGAUGUUCCUCUCGCUGGGGAAAUACUCCAAGCUCUCACUGCUGGAGCUGACAUGGAAGAUGAAAGUGCAGGACUGCACCUGGCUGCGCAGCAGCACAGGGGGUGGCUAUGUCCCGGCCGCAGAGCACCGUCUGCGGGAGAGGAUCUUGGCCAAGUUCCUGUUCUGGCUGAUGGACACCUACGUGGUGGAGCUGCUGAGGUCCUUCUUUUACGUCACAGAGACCACAUUCCAGAAGAACAGGCUCUUCUUCUACCGCCGGAGUGUGUGGAGCAAGUUGCAAAGCAUUGGAGUCAGGCAGCACUUGCAGAGAGUGCAGCUGCGGGAGCUGUCAGAAGCCGAGGUCCGGCAGCACCAGGAGGCCCGGCCAGCCCUUCCGACGUCCCGACUCCGCUUCAUCCCCAAGCCUCGUGGGCUCCGGCCCAUCGUGAAUAUGGAUUACAUCGUGGGCCCCAGAGCCUUCUGCAGAGAGAAGAAGGCCCAGCACUUCACCCUGCGUGUCAAGACCCUGUUCAGUGUGCUCAACUACGAGCGGGCACAGCGUCCCGGCCUCAUGGGGGCCUCCGUGCUGGGCUUGGACGACAUCUACACAGCCUGGCGGGCCUUCGUGCAGCGUGUGCGUGCCCAGAGUCCAGCGCCUAGGCUGUACUUUGUCAAGGCAGACGUGACUGGGGCAUACGACGCCAUCCCCCAGGACAGGCUUAUGGAGGUGGUGGCCGGCAUCAUCAGACCCCUGAAGAACACAUACUGUGUGCGCCGGUACGCUGUGGUCCGGAGAGCUGCGCGGGGGCGCGUCCACAAGUCCUUCAGGAGCCACGUUUCCACCCUCUCGGACCUCAAGCCGUACAUGCGUCAGUUCGUGGAGCACCUGCAGGACACAAAUGCACUGAAGGACGCGAUUGUCAUUGAACAGAGCUCCUCCCUGAACGAGGCCAGCAGCGGCCUGUUCGACUUCCUCCUGCGCUUUGUGCGCAGCAGCGUUCUAAGGAUUGGCUGCAGGUGCUACGUCCAGUGCCAGGGGAUCCCCCAGGGCUCCAUCCUGUCCCCCCUGCUCUGCAGUUUGUGCUAUGGGGACAUGGAGAACAAAUUGUUUCCUGGGGUGCAGCAGGACGGGGUGCUCUUACGUUUGGUUGAUGACUUCCUGUUGGUUACGCCUCACCUGGCCCAGGCGAAAGCCUUCCUCAGCACCCUGAUCCAAGGCAUCCCCGAGUACGGCUGUGUGAUAAACCCACGGAAGACAGUGGUGAACUUCCCCUUGGAGGGUGGUGACCUGGAUGGCGCAGCCCCACUCCAGCUGCCUGCUCACUGCCUGUUUCCCUGGUGCGGAUUGCUGCUAGACACCCAGACCCUGGAAGUGUCCUCUGACUACUCCAGUUACGCCCGGACCUCGAUCAGGGCCAGCCUCACCUUCCAUCGUGGCUUUAAUGCUGGGAGGAACAUGCGUCGUAAGCUCCUAGCUGUCCUGCGGCUGAAGUGUCACAGUCUGUUCCUGGACUUGCAGGUGAACAGCCUGCAGACUGUCUGCAUAAACGUGUACAAGAUCUUCCUGCUGCAGGCCUACAGGUUCCAUGCCUGCGUGCUGCAGCUCCCCUUUAACCAGCACGUCCGGAGGAACCCCUCAUUCUUCCUGCGCCUCAUUUCCGACACGGCAGCCCGCUGCUACUCCAUCCUGAGAGCCAAGAACCCAGGGGUGUCACUGAGGGCUAAGAGCACCUCCGGCCCAUUUCCCUCUGAGGCUGCACGGUGGCUGUGCUACCAUGCUUUCCUGCUCAAGCUGGCUUGUCACCGUGCCACCUACAAGUGUCUCCUGGUGCCGCUCAGAACCGCCCAAACACAGCUGUGUCAUAAGCUCCCUAAAGCAACAUUGGCUGUCCUUGAGGCUGCGGCCGACCCAGCCCUGACCACAGACUUCAAGACCAUCUUGGACUGA